AUGAGUUCUCAGCCGCAUGUUGGCAUCAUUGGCGCCGGCUUUGCGGGUCUACGCUGCGCCGAUAUCCUCAUUCAAAAUGGGGCAAGAGUCACCAUUUUAGAAGCUAGGGAUCGCAUUGGUGGGAGAGUUUAUCAAGAUGACUUGGAAGGUCAAUUAGUUGACAUGGGUGCAAACUGGAUUCAUGGCCAGGGCGAGAACCCUAUCAUGACCAUGGCUCGGGAAACUCAGACUGUCACUUAUGACCCCGAAGGUGGAAAUUUCGUGGUUUCCCGCGAUGGGAAAUACGUCAGCGAGGAUAUUGGGACUAAGAUCUCGGAGUUCGUGUGGACUACGAUUGCAGAUGCCUUCACGUACAGUAAUGAGCGUGGAGAGAGCAUCAGCCCGGAAGAAAGUCUCUACGAUUUCUUCCAAAUGAAGGUCCGGGAAUCGACUUUCUCGGAGGAGGAGCAGCAGCUUGUUCUGGACGCAUGCAAGCUCUGGGGUGCUUAUGUGGGUGAACCUAUCCAUAGACAGAGUCUAAAAUUCUUCCGCUUGGAAGAAUGCAUCGACGGAUAUAACUACUUCGUGGCGGGAACCCACAAACGCAUCCUAGAGCAAGUUUCCAAGGCAGCUCAAACCCACGCCGACAUUAAACUGAACCACCCAGUCGUGAACAUCGAAGCUCCACCCCGGAAAACCGACGAAUCUAUAAAUCAGCACCAGGUAACUGUGACAACAGCUUCAGGAGACCGCUUCACCUUCGACGACCUGGUCAUCACCUGCCCACUGGGCUGGCUCAAGAAGAACCUGAACACAUUCACCCCUGUCCUCCCACCUCGCCUCCAAAAAGCAAUAGAAAGCAUCUCUUUCGGCCGCCUGGAGAAAGUCUUCGUGAAAUUUCCUCGUGCAUUCUGGCAAACAGAUUCCAAAGACAGCAUCAAUACAGCCCUCCCUACAAACCCAACCUUCACCCAAUUCCUCGACCCAUCCUACGCAGAGCACCCAGCCCAUUUAGAAUGGAACCAAGAAUGCCUCUCAAUGGCCUCAUUCCCAUCUCCAUGCGCCCAUCCAACGCUCCUAUUCUACACAUACGGACCAGGUGGCGCAGAAAUAGUCCAAAGCAUCGCGUCCCUCGAUCGCUCCUCAAAAGAAUACAAGGAAACACUGAUCAAGACUCUCGAACCCUUCUACUCCAAACUACCCGGUUACGACGCGAACUCGCCAGAUUGUGUACCAAGUACCAUUCUAGCGACGAAGUGGCAGACAGAUCCGUACGCUGGGUAUGGAUCUUACUGCAAUUUUCAGGUUGGGCUCGAGCAGGGUGAUCGUGAUAUUGAGGCUAUGCGGUCUGGGGUCGGCGUUGGUGAGGAACGGGGCUUGUGGUUUGCUGGCGAACAUACGGCGCCUUUCGUGGCGCUUGGGACUACUACUGGUGCUUAUUGGAGUGGAGAGAGGGUUGCCGGUCAGGUUUGCCAGAGGAGGGGGUUAGGGGUUGUUGGGGUUUCUGCAGCGAAAGAUGAUUCUUUGCCUUCGGCUGGGAAGCUGUAG